AUGGCUACGCUGUGGCCAGGCCCGGAGCCGUGGAACCGGGUGAGGAUCCCUAAGGCAGGGAGCCGUAGCGCAGUGACCGUACAGGACCCGGAUACGGCGCUAGACCUUUGCAUUGCAGCUGUAAUUAAAGAAUGCUGUCGCAUUACAUUGUCACUGAAGAGCCGAACCUUAGACGCAGAGACAGAUGUAUUAUGUGCAAUCCUUUACAGCAAUCACAACAGAAUGGGGCGCCAUAAGCCCCAUUUGGCCCUCAGACAGGUUGAACAGUGUUUAAAACGUUUGAAAAACAUGAAUUUGGAAGGUUCAAUUCAAGAUCUCUCAGAGUCAUUUUCUUCUAAUGAAAAUCAGCCUAUAAAUACCAAAGCAUGUGUCAUCCCCAGCCAACCAGUGGUGGAACUGGUGUUGAUGAAGAUUUUGGGAGCCUGCAAGUUGCUGCUUCGCCUGUUGGACUGUUGCUGCAAGACAUUUCUCUUGACUGUGAAACAUCUAGGUUUGCAAGAAUUCAUUAUUUUAAACCUUGUGAUGGUUGGCCUCGUGAGCAGGUUAUGGGUUCUGUAUAAAGAUGUUUUAAAAAAGCUGGUUUCUUUAUAUGAACCAUUGUUUGGAUUACUUCAAGAGGUCUCCAGGAUUCAACCAUUGCCUUACUUCAAAGGUUUUACCUUUCCUUCUGAUAUUGUUGAAUUUUUAGGAGAGCCCUAUUUUGAAGUCUUUAAGAAAAAAAUGCCUACAGCUUUUGUAGCUAAAGGAGUAACCAAACUGCUAAAUAAACUAUUUUUAACAAAAGAGCAAUCACAGAGGUCGGGUGAAGAAACUUUACUUAGAAUUUCUGAAAAAGCUAAACAAAUGAAGAUCAAUAUACAGAAUAACAUGGAUCUUGGACAACCAGUAAAGAGUAAGAAAAUCUUAAAAGAAAAGUCAUCAGAGUUUGAUGUGAGAGCUUUCUGCAAACAGCUGAAACAAAAAGCUAUUCAGGAGAAGAGCUUUGAGUUUAAAUGUUCUCCAUCCAAACUAAAGGCAACCAAACAUUCUUCUCAGAAAGCAAUAGGAACUCCCUGUGUAAAAAGUCUUGUGCAAAGAUUUCGAGAGGCUCAGACUUUCACACAACUUUCUGAAGAAAUCCAAAUGGCAAUUCUGUGGUGUAGAAGCAAAAAACUGAAGGUUCAGACUACCUUUCUGGGUAACAAACUUCUUAAAAGUGAUCGGCUUAAACAUGUGGAAGCUCAAGGCUCUAGUUUGCCAAAGAAGCUACAGUGCAUAAAAACAUCUAUUUGCAACUGCCUUCUUCAUGGCUUAGGUAUGAAAACUUCAAAGCAUCACCUGAGACAAAGAAGAUCACAGAAUAAAUUUUCACUCAAAGGAAGGAAACAGAGAAAGUUGCAGUCGACUCUUUCAAAGGAAAUCCAGCAGCCCCCUCGAGGGACUCAGAGUGCUACGGAUGUCAUUAAAGGGAGACUCUCAGAUUCUACUGUUUGUAGGACUGAUGUGUACCCUAACAAUAAGCAAGUGUUGAAUAGGAGAGUUUCAGAUCCUGUCGUACAAACUAAGGAGACACAAACUCAUGAAAAGCUUACAGAAAGCAAUGAAAAUGAGGCGGGUUCUUGGACAGUGAUGCAAGGAAAUAAACAGAAUACAUCAGGAAGCACUAAGGAGACAGACGACAUUGAUGAUAUUUUUGCUUUAAUGGGAGUUUAGAGGCUCAUAUGUGAAACUGUUAACCAGUUGCUCCAGUGUUCUGCUGCUUUAAGUGGAACAGCUGAGAUGUGGGAAGGUCUGAAAGUACCACUUGGACUCAGAGGAGCUGCUUUAGGACAACACUGUACAGCAGUUCAUUUUAGUUCAAUAAACGCUUACCAUAGCUUUGUGUCAUUUAAUCGACAAAUA